AUCUACCCAACAGUAUGAUACUGUACUAAUGCAUGAUAACAUUCAAAAAAAACUAGAUCUAGAUAUCGUUCCCAUAAGCGAUAGCUACUCUACACAAAACUAGUUGGGUGAUCGGACUUUAAUGUCCAUUGAUAUAUUAUAUAAUUUAGAUAUAUUUAGAAAUAUAUACUCUAUUAAGUGCAAUUAGUCACCAUCACCAACUAUAGGGUUACUAAUGAACUCGUAUAUAGUUACUCCUAUACUAUAGUUUUAAUUAUUCCAUAAUCAAUUGCCCUGUAAAGCGGAUGCUAAUCUUAUUUUAUUUUUUUUAUUAUGAUUAAAUGCAGGUAAGCGUUAAUUUUUCGCUUUAAUUAAAUUAAUUAAUUAAUUAUUUCUUUAUCUAGAUAGAUGGAUCUGAUAAAGAAUUUCUUAAUUAUCUGAUAAUUCUAAGGUUGACUCACUAAUGUCAAGUAGAGGGAAGUCAGGUUCGUCUUCAGUACGAAUCAGUGAGUCAUCUUCCAAUGAAACUUCAAAAUUAUUACCUCAUCGAAGAAAACUGUCAAUUAAUCCAUCAAACCUUAAUUAUUCAAUUGGAUCAAAUUCUCAAUAUGAUAAUAAAAGAAAAUCAAUAUCAAAGAAGAAGAAACAAAAUUCAAUAGAUAAUGGUAAUAAAUUAGAUACAUUUGAAGGAGUAUUUCUUCCAACUGCUUUAAAUGUUCUUUCAAUUUUAAUGUUUUUAAGAUUUGGAUUUAUUAUUGGUCAAAUGGGUAUAAUUGGAACAUUUUUUUUAUUAAUUUUAUCUUAUUCAAUUAAUAUUUUAACUACUAUGUCAAUUAGUGCUAUAUCAACAAAUGGUACAGUUAAAGGUGGUGGAGCUUAUUAUAUGAUAUCAAGAUCUUUAGGUCCAGAAUUUGGUGGAGCUAUUGGAAUUAUAUUUUUUAUUGGACAAAUUCUUAAUAGUUCAUUAAAUGUUGUAGGAUUUAUUGAACCUUUAAUGGUAAAUUUUGGUGAAAUUGAUGGAGUAAUUAUGAAAUUACUUCCAGUUGGUUAUUUUUGGCAAGUAUUAUAUUCAACAAUUUUAUUAGCUAUAUGUACAGGUAUUGCAUUAGUUGGAUCUCAAUUAGUUUCAAAAACUGCAUUUUUAUUAUUUAUUGUUUUAACAAUAAGUACUUUAUCAAUUCCAAUAUCAACAUUAUUUGUUAAACCUUUCCAUCCAUUACCAUUUCCUCAUGAUAAUUUAUUAUAUACUGGACUUCAUUAUAAAACUUUAUUUGAAAAUUUAUGGCCUCAUUUUACUAGUGGAGCUGCUGGAUCAGUUCAACCACCAAAUAUUCCUGAAACUUUUAGAAAUUUAUUUGGAAUCUUCUUUCCUGCAACGGCUGGUAUUCUUGCUGGUGCUUCAAUGUCAGGAGAUUUAAAAAGUCCUUCAAAAUCUAUACCUGAAGGAACUUUAAAAGGUUUAUUUGUAACUUUUAUUUUAUAUUCUUCAGUCAUUAUUUCAAUGGGUGCAGCAAUCCCUCGAGAUUUAUUAUAUGUAGAUAUUAAAAUCAUUCAAACUGUAAAUUUAUCAGGAAUUAUUAUUUUACUUGGAGAAUUUUCAACAUCAUUAUUUUCAGUAAUUAUGGGAAUUGUUGGAGCAGCUUCAAUGUUAAAUGCAAUUGCUGAUGAUAAAAUUAUUCCUGGUUUAAAUUUAUUUACUACUUUAAAGAAAUCUUCUCGUCAACAAGAUAUUGCAAAAGUUUUAAGUAUAAUUGCUACUUGGUUUAUUGCCCAAAUAUUUUUAUUUGCUGAUAUUAAUCAAAUUGCAACUUUUAUUACUAUGGCAUUUUUAAUGACAUUUAUUGUAACUAAUAUGGCAUGUUUCUUAUUAAAAGUUGGUUCUGCUCCAAAUUUUAGACCUUCAUUUAAAUAUUUUAGUUCAAGAACUGCAUUUACAGGAGUUUUAGCAUGUUUUAUAGCUAUGUUUAUUGUUGAUGGAUUAUCAGCUACAUUAAUUAUAUUUUGUUUAAUGUUUUUAAUUUUAAUGAUUCAUUAUCUGACACCACCUUCAAAAUUUGGAGAUAUAUCUCAAUUAUUAAUUUAUCAUCAAGUUAGAAAAUAUCUUUUAAGAUUAAAAUUACAAAUGAAUGUUAAAUAUUGGAGACCACAAAUUUUAUUAUUAUGUGAUGAUCCUCGAUCUAGUUGGAAUUUAAUUGGAUUUUGUAAUCAUUUAAAGAAAGGAGGUUUAUAUAUUUUAGGUCAUGUAGUAAUAAUGGCUGAUGAUACAACAAAUGGAGGUGAUGAAAAGAAAAAAUUUAAUGUUCAAACUUAUAAAGAAGUUGAAAAACAAAAGCAAGCUUGGGUCAAAUUAAGAGAUAUUGCUAAUGUUAAAGCUUUUGUUCAAAUUGCUUUAGGUCCUACUUUACCAUGGGGAGUAAGAAAUGUUUAUUUAGGUUCAGGAUUAGGAGGUAUGAGACCAAAUAUAACAGUUCUUGGAUUUUAUGAAGCAGAAAAACAUGGAGUUGAAUUACCUGCUAUUAAAUCUUUUAAAGAUAAAUCAAAUUAUUCAGAAUUACCUACUGAUGAUUGUAGAAAAGAAGAUAAAGUUGAUAUUAAACAAUGGGUACAAAUUGUUGAAGAUUUAAUAAUUUUACAAGCUACCGUGGCGGUGGCUGCAAAUUUUUCAAAUUUAAAUAUUCCAAAAAUCGAUCAUGCUUAUCAUUUCUUCUUUUCAAAUCCUAAACCACUUGAAAAUGUUAGUAAAAAAUAUAUUGAUUUAUAUCCAAUUCAAAUGUCAUCAAUAAAUUUACUGGAAGAUGGUAGAUCAGUAUUAUCAACUAAUUUUGAUACUUAUACAUUAAUUUUACAAUUAGGAUCGAUUUUAUCAACCGUUCCAGAAUGGAAAUUUAGUCAUUAUAAAUUAAGAGUAAUUGCAUUUGUUGAAACUUCUGGAGAAAUUGAUGAUGAACAAAAAAGAUUAAAAGAUUUAUUAUCAAAUUUAAGAAUAGAUGCUGAAUUAAAAACUGUAAGUCUUGAUGAAGGUACUCUUAAUACUUAUAAUUUCUUAGUUAAAGGUUAUAAUAAGACAGCUUCUAAUAAAGAUGAUUUUAAUAGAAUUGAUAGAGUCUUAGCUAAUGAUCAAUGGUGGAAAAAUUUAUGUAAUGCAAGAGAUACCCUAAAAGAAUUAGAAAAGGCAAGAAUUUUAAGAAAGCAUAAAUCUCAUUUAACAAAAACUGUUAAUAGUUCAAGAACAAGUUUAUCUUCUUCGGAUAGAAAAUUUGCUCCAUUAAAAUUAUCAGCUAGUAGUCCACCAAUUCCUACUAGUCUUAAAAAUAAUAGGAGAUAUACAUUAUCAAAUUUAAAUGAACAAGGAUUAUCACUUUCAUUUAAUGUUAAAGCUCAAAAUAAUGGUGAUAAAUUUCUUGAUUCUGAUGCAUUUGAUAGUAGUGAUAGUAGUGAUAGUGAUAAGGAUGAUUUUGAAAGUGAUUCAAAUGAUAGUUCAACUCCUGGACCUGGUUAUGGUAGUACUUCAACACCAUCACCUUUAUCUGAACCGGUAAGUUCCCAUUCACAAUCACAAUCACAACCACCACAAAAACCUGUUAUUAAGAAGAAGAAUUCUCAAUUAGAUCAAUUCUAUUUGAAUUCAAAUGUUAAAUCAGUUGACCAAUUAUCCAUUAGAUCAUCCAGAUCUAAUUUAAGACCGAAUUUUCUGUCGAUUAAAAUUCCUCAAUCUCAAGUAAAGGAUGAUGUAGAGGAUGGAGGAGAUGAUAAUGAACCAACCAUUCAAUUUGUUAAUGAUGAUGAUGAUGAUGAUGAUGAUGAUGAUGAUGCUGAUAAUGAAGAUAAUAAUAAUAAGAAGAAUGAUAAGAAUGACAUUAAUGUAGAAGGCAAUGAAGAAAAAUCCGAAAACAAUGAAGAUUAUAAUUCUAUAGAUAUGAAAAAGAAUAAUUCAUCAUCUAAGAAGAGUAGUAGUUUACAUUCUCAUUCAAUUAUUGCUAAUACAGAUGAUAUUAUUAAAGUUAUGAGAACUCCUCAAUUCUUAGCUGAAAGUGAUGAAGAUGUUGAUGAAAUUCCAUCAAUUAAUGAUAGUGCAUUAAAUUCUUUAACACCAAAUCAACCAACUAAUUCCCGAUCAGAAUUUUAUAAAAAUAGACCUAAAUUAACUCAUACUCAAUCAAGUGAUGAAUCUAAUAUUACUCUUAAACAAUUACAAGAAGAAUUAAAGAAUUUAAGUUUUAAUGAUUUACCUGCUAAAGGUCAACAUUUAAUUCUUAAUGAAUUAAUGAAAGUUCAUUCUUCAAAAGAUCAAACAGAAGUAAUAUUUUCAACUUUACCAGCUCCAUCGAUUGGAACUCAUUUAGAUGAAGAUGAUUCUUUACAAUAUACUAAUAAUUUAGCAAUUUGGCUUCAUGAUUUACCUCCUAUAUUACUUUUAAAUUCUCAAACGGUUACAGUAACUACAGCAUUAUAAAUUUAUAUACAGUUAUACUUCUUUAACCUUUAAUACAUAGAUUUUUACGCAUACUUUAUACUUUUAAUUUAUUUCGCGAUGAUUGAUGAAAAAUUCAUUUACACUCAGUA